UAAGGGGUAACGUGGAAAUUAUGGUAGAAGAAGAUAAGGUCUGUUGUACAUUUCUUGCACUUUCCUGAGUUUCUCGCUUCGCGGUAUCAGCGUCAUCUUUUGCCGUUUCCUCCCCCGGUUUACUGACUCGUAUCGCUGAGUUGAAACAAUGUCGGUUUCAACAGCUUUGAAUCUGGGAUAUUUAGGUAGUUCGAUUGCGAAUGUUCCGACCCACAAUGGCCAGAAACCUUUGUUGCUUCAUGGUGCGACGUCGCACUCGCUUCCGCUCUUAGCAUCACCAAAUCACCUGCUCAAAUUGGGCCACACCAACUGCAGCUGGCGGACAACUACACCCGUGAGGACCGCCGUUGCCGCUGUCCAAUCUUCUGAUCCCUCCGAAAAGCAAGAAUCUGAGUUGAAGAAGUAUCAUUUUGUUGUGGCAAAUGCGAAAUUCAUGCUGGAUGAGGAGGAGCAUUUCAAGGAGCUAUUGUUUGAGAGGCAACGACUGUAUGGGGAGCGUGAGAAAGAGCAGGAUUUUUGGCUUGUGAUUGAACCAAAGUUCUUGGACAAGUUUCCUGCUAUUACCAAGAGACUCAAGAGACCGGCUGUGGCUCUGGUUUCCACAAACGGCCCCUGGAUCACGUUUAUGAAAUUAAGACUGGACCGAGUUUUACAAGAAAGUUAUGAAGCUGACAGUCUUGAGGAGGCUUUGGCAUCUAAUCCUGCUAACAUAGAGUUUGAGAAGCCAGAUAAAUGGUCGGCACCAUAUCCUAAGUAUGAAUAUGGGUGGUGGGAGCCCUUCUUGCCCCCUGGAUCAAAACCAGCUAAGGUAUAAAACCCUCCGUUUUGUCUUCAGCAUUUUGAAAUUGCAGAGUGCAAGAGUAGCGAGAAGUUGACAAAAUCUCUGCAUACUCUUAAGAGUAAGUAGUAUGAGCAAUUUGUUAUUCCUUUAGUUUCUGCACAAUUUAAGAGGUAAAUGUCGAAGAACGGUUAUAGUUGCAGGCUCAAUUACAGGCGAAAGUGACUAAUAUCUUUAUAUUACUGAUUCAAGCUAGUGAGUAACCUUAAGUACCUCUGUCAUGUGAGAUGGAUUGAGCACGAGGAAGUAAGCAAACAAAAAGUUUUGGUUAGGUGUACAAAAGGAGCUUGCCUGAAGAUGAGCAUAAAUUUGAAUAGUCUUUGGCACCCAACUGAAUGCUGAAAUGAUCAACAUGGCUUCCUCUUGUUGAAAUGAUUUUGGUUUUUUAUAGUCAGAAAGUGUUCAUCUCCAUUGAAGAUUCUGUAUAUGUUUUUCUCACUACUGUAAAAUGAACGUCAGUCAUGGAGCUAAAAUAACUAAAUACUUGGGAGAGCUAUAUUGUAUAUUGUUUGGAGUUGGACAAUUGGAAAGGCAA